CAGGUGGCUACACUCCAGAUCAUGUCUAGUACAUUUCUUCUUCUUCGAUGAAGGCAAGUGAAUGUAGCGGUGGUUGCUUCCGUUCUGACCUGUUAUUUCUAUCGCCUACACUCUAAUAUUCAGAAGUAUCAGAUUCUUUCAUAAUUGGACUCUAUGGUGAUGCUUUACUUGCUUGCAUUAUACUGAUGCUCAAUCAUAUAUUGAUGAUGAUUAUGAUUUGAGUAUGACUCAUGAGAUUAAUUCACACCCCUGAAGGUAAAUGAAGUAUUAUUUGAGGUUGGUAUUGUAUCUGAAGGUAAAUGAAGUAUUAUUUGAGGUUUGUGUUGUAUCUGAAGGAAGUGAAGUUUAUUGAUAAAUGUAGCAUGCCAUAUACAUUGCAUGACUCAUUUGCAUAUGAAGUUUUGUCGUGACCUAUGGUCCGACCGUACCGGUACAACUUAGCAUCGUACGUUGCCCGAGAAGGGGUACGAUGCGGCUUCAUACCCUUAGAGGUAUGAAGGCAGAGGACAUAUGCAUUGCAUUCAUAUGCAUUCAUUGAAGUGAUAUUUGCAGAUGAUGUGGUUUUAUACCCCCAGAGGUAUGAAGAUAGAGUACCUACACAUUGCAUUCCUAUGCAUACAUUGAAGUGAUAUUUGCAGGUAUUGUUGACGCAGGGAAGUGUUAUAGAACCUAUUGUGGUUGUUCGAGGAAAUGAGAUGGUAGUGGUUAUAGUGGGACUACUGAGUUCUAUAUCUACAAGCAUUUCUGAUUUUUAAUUGUGACUCUUUUAAAAUGUUGAUGAAUUCAAUUUGUGGUUUAAAUAUCUCGUCAGAACAAUUAGCUUGCUGAGAUGUUUCAUCUCACUCUUGCAUUACUCAAUGCAGGUGCUUGUUGCUCAUCAAGGGGAGUGGGAAGUAGCAGCACAUCCACCUUCAUUCUCAUAAUAAUGCUGCCCAGACGCAGCCAUGAUUUAAUUAGAAACUUCUUGUCAAAGGAUGUUUGUUUUUAACUAGUCGUGCGCACUGAUUAAUUCAGUUCAUGUUGUUAUGGUUGUCUUCCCAUUGCUAGCAGAUUAUUAAUGUCUUAUAUGUUUUCUUAUCAUGAUAUCUAUUUAUACUUUGUUGCUUCCCCCGUUUAUGCAAUUUUCAAAGGAGAUGCUGUCGAAAUUUUAUAUAUGAAUAUUAGAUGUGUAGUUUAGUAGCAUUCUGGGGUGUUUGUGGAUCCCGGGGUGUUACACUUAUUUCCCUGGAAAUGACUGACCGCUGCUUCUUUACUGCAGAUGGGGGACAUACUCAUACCUAGCCUUAUGGUUGGAGACUGCUCUCAUAGCUUGUGUGUGCGUGCCUCUAGGCUUUGGGAAUUCCUUGAUCCUCAGGAUGACAGUAGGCUCCUGCAUACUGAUCUUGUUUUGCUUGAUGAAGAGGGAAACAGCAUACAUGCCCAGAUCUAUCCUCCGUUAUGCCAACAGUUCAGUGCGCUGCUUGAUGAGGGAGCGGUAUACAACCUGAAGUAUUUCUUAGUCAGGAAAGCUAACAGGUUCUACAAACCGGUUGAAAACUGCAACAUGAUCAGCUUUACAAAGUGGACUACGGUUGAAGUUGUCCUCCAGAUCCCCCCUGCUUUUCCGGUUUGCACAUAUAACCUCACUCCCAUAGAACAACUCCAAGCGCGUGUGGACUACAAGGAAUAUUUCACAGAUGUGGUCGGUGUUGUCAGUGUGAUCUCCCAUGUUUCAUCGCUGCGCACAAGGGGACGACAGGCUGAGGUUAUGAAGAGAACAGUCACUAUAAGCAAUGCAAGGGAUACUGGGCCAACCGUUGAUGUUGUCCUUUGGGGCGAGCGGGCCACAACUUUCCCAGCUGAACAGAUCCACAGGGACAGUCGAUCCUCACCGCAGAUCAUAGUAUUUGUUGGCACUCUCGUGAGGAGUUACGCUGAUAAUGUGUCAUUAUCGGGUGGAUCAUCAUGCAAGUGGUACAUAAACGCACCGCUACCGGAAGUAAACGCUCUCAGAGCUAGUGCUGAAACCAACCACAACCCUGUCAUUUGGGAUCAGGGGAAAGCAGCUGCUGAGAGUACAGUCAUUGCAGUUCCUGAAUAUAAGAAACUCAAGGAUAUUAAAUACCUCCAUCCUUUUGAAAAUAAGAAGAAGGAAUGGCUUGUCGUCAUAAAGAUUCUCAAGAUUGAUAGAUCAUGGUGGUACAACGCAUGCAAAAAAUGCCUUAGGACAACCAAACCACACGGUGACACAUACAAGUGCACCAAUAAUUCCUGUGACAGCAUAGGAUCGCCUACCCCAAGGUACAAGAUAUCCCUCACCGCUGAAGAUGACACUGACACUGCCGAGUUUAUCUUCUUUGGACGAAUGGCGCAGCGCCUCAUUAAAAAAAAUGUGGACACCCUCAUCUCGACUAAUCCACCCGGUUUCAUUCCAAGAGAAAUUACAGAUCUACUGGAAAAGUCUUUCGAGUGGAAUGUUAGCUUCACCGAAAGCACAAUUAUUUAUGGCAGUGUUUCCUUCCAAGUGAAUGCUAUAAACGCAGAAAUGGAUGGUGGCAACAUGCUUCCAACUACACCGUCCUCACAGCCGUCGUCGACCAUACUUUCUCAAGUAGGACACGGAUCAGGUGUCGCACAAAACAGAGGGGCUGCCUUCAUCCGCGAGCCGUCACUAACACCAGAGAGUCACAAAGUUUCAUCUAGCGCCAAGUGUAACAUACAGACAACCCCACAUCAGGGAGACAAUCUGCUGCAAGGAACAGAGAUUAUCACUUCUCCGCCUAACGUGCAGGCACCAUCAGGAGCUGCUUACAGCGUGCUAGAUGGGUCUACAAACAAGGCUCACAAAAGUGUUGUCGGAAAAAGGUCUCGAACAUCACCGUCCAAGAAGGUUGCCAAGAAACUUUUUAGAGAUGAAGACACAGGAGAUGACGAUGUUGCUGGUUCCGCAGACGUUGAUGCUGAGUAACGUUGCAGUGCUUUUGGACACGAGCACCACCAGCCAUGGAGACCCGCUUUUGGGAACUGAGGAUCGCUUUUGGGAACUAUCCCAGUUCAUCUAGGUUACUCUUAGAACUUGCCUCCCCUGCUGUGCAGGGAGUAUGGUUUUAUGCUUGUAAGAUAUGAGCAGCGCUAUGCUGUGUGCUUCACUGCAAGUUAUGUAUUUUGGUGCUUCUAGGGUACUAACUGCUCAUAACUGUUCUAUGCGUGCGAUCUUGCGAGGACCAUACUCGCGGUAUGUAAAGCAUGCCUAUGUAGUCUAGGCCUGUACAAGACAUUUCUUCCCUUGGUGCUUGUACUAUUUCUCUUUGUUGUUCUGUGCUACUACCAGCUAUCUGUUUGUCGUUCUACUCCCCUUAGGACAGGGUUUCCUUUGACUCCAGCCAAUCAGACGCGUCCAUUUCAAGGUUUUCCUUAGUUUCCAUUGAGAUUUAUCUAUUACCAUGGUUAUCUGUUAAACAAACUAUGAAGUUCAGCAUAUAAUGGUCAGAGGCUAUGGUAUUUAUCUUAUAGUACAGGAAAUAGACAUCGGAGCAGCUCCUAUGUUCCAUUGAAGGACGAAGGCAAUUCAAUUCUGAAUGAUAAGAAAAAUACCAAGAUUCAGCUUGGGAUAAAAAAGAUUUGGUCUCACCCACUUGAGACUGUAUGAACUAUUAUGGUGGCGUGGACUGUGGAUCUUAACUGGUAAUUUACGUAUCCGUACUGGUUGGUUGACCUUAUAUUGAGAUGUUCACCAGCUUGACCUUAAUUUACAGAAAACUACUCUGAGGGUAAGUACUUAAGUUUUUUAUCUAUUUUCCUUCUAUUCAUAGUUGUAGUGUUGUUGCUUCAGUUUCGCAAUUGGUACUUCGGUCUCUUUUGCAUCAUUAUGCUUCAUGCCAUUACAAGAAAGAAUAAUUAUGCUUCAUGCCCCAGUCAGCUAGCUUCGAGACCUCGCUGGUUGAUAGGUGGUGGUAGCUACUUAGCGUUUGAUGGGUUUCUGUAGCAGUCAAACUAAACUGGCUUAAUUACAUUUUCUCUACCUAUUAACUUUAUCUGAAGUGCUGUGUGUAAAAUAGAUGACUAUUGUUUGUGAUGUGCAUCAUGAGGAUUCAUGAUAUACUGAUGACAAUAUUUUGUUCUCAUGAGCCUGUGGCAGUAGCCAACGAUCUACUUGUCCACUUGAACUAUUUUUCCAACUAGAUGAUUAACAUAUAGCACUCAGCUUGAAAUUCCUUUCAACUUUUCAUGGUAAAAGCACAACCUUACAUGUGGCUCUUAAUAAUUGAUAGACCUGAACACAGCCUGGAACACAUCAGGCCACUGAUAUUUCCUGCUAAGAGGCGCAAGGUUGUCACUAUGAAGAAGAGGAAGGAAAGGGUGUCCUGAAUCAACCCUUCCUUCAGUGAUGGGUAUCACUGCAGAAGAAAGCACUGCACUGAUACCUGCUGCUUCAGAAAGUAAAGCACAAAAGGAUCUUACUCCUGUUGGAAGAGAUGCUUUGUCACGAAUUAGAGGUCGAGAUUUUGACUCAGCAUGUGGUCUUACUGAGGAUACUGGGGCCUUGGUUGUAUGGCAAGCACCACCCAUCUGUUCAUGUAAUUUCUUUUGUAUUAUCUUGGGCUGACAGUAGUACUUUCUAUGAUUGAAGAAAUGGAUUCCUGUUAAGGAGAAAUUGGUUGUCCUCAAGAAAAAUGCGGAACCUUAUGUACAGAAGGUAUCGACAAGAUCAGUGAAGUUUUAUGAACGGAGGGAGGAUUUUCUAUCUCCGCUGUUUAGCCUGGAGUCAAAGGAGGCAGAAGGAGAUGAAGACGAGUGAGAUUGAGAGGAUCAAGGAAAUGCUGCUGUCUAGGAAAUGCUGCCUUUUUUAGAGAAAACUAGAUGAGUGUCAGUUUAUACGAAUCACCAAGUUGGCUUUGUUGUUGAGUGUCCUUAAUAAAGAUUUUUGCCUCUGUUUCUAAGACAGCGACAUUCUUAGAUAUAAAACACACUUUGUCA